AUGGAUGAUGAUGAUGAUGAUGAUGAUGAUGAUGAUGAUGAUGAUGAUGAUGAUGAUGAUGAUGAUGAUGAUGAUGAUGAUGAUGAUGAUGAUGAUGAUGAUGAUGAUGAUGAUGAUGAUGAUGAUGAUGAUGAUGAUGAUGAUGAUGAUGAUGAUGAUGAUGAUGAUGAUGAUGAUGAUGAUGAUGAUGAUGAUGAUGAUGAUGAUGAUGAUGAUGAUGAUGAUGAUGAUGAUGAUGAUGAUGAUGAUGAUGAUGAUGAUGAUGAUGAUGAUGAUGAUGAUGAUGAUGAUGAUGAUGAUGAUGAUGAUGAUGAUGAUGAUGAUGAUGAUGAUGAUGAUGAUGAUGAUGAUGAUGAUGAUGAUGAUGAUGAUGAUGAUGAUGAUGAUGAUGAUGAUGAUGAUGAUGAUGAUGAUGAUGAUGAUGAUGAUGAUGAUGAUGAUGAUGAUGAUGAUGAUGAUGAUGAUGAUGAUGAUGAUGAUGAUGAUGAUGAUGAUGAUGAUGAUGAUGAUGAUGAUGAUGAUGAUGAUGAUGAUGAUGAUGAUGAUGAUGAUGAUGAUGAUGAUGAUGAUGAUGAUGAUGAUGAUGAUGAUGAUGAUGAUGAUGAUGAUGAUGAUGAUGAUGAUGAUGAUGAUUGA